AUGGACAUGUAUGGACGCAAUCCGCCGAUGAAUGGCUCGGAAUGGACCCCCGGAGAUGCCGACACCGGACUCGAAGAAUCGAUGUGGCGAUUAGGGUUGGGCAGUGAAACGUACCCAGAGAGAGCAGGUGCCCCUGACUGUGCCUACUACAUGCGAACUGGUGUCUGUGGAUACGGCAAUAGGUGUCGCUACAAUCAUCCUCGCGAUCGUGCCUCGGUUGAAGCAACUGUUAGAGCCACAGGGCAGUAUCCUGAACGCAUAGGUGAACCCCCGUGUCAGUUUUAUUUGAAAACCGGAACCUGUAAAUUUGGGGCGUCAUGCAAAUUCCACCAUCCAAAGAAUGCAGGUGGAUCCAUGAGCCACGUUCCUCUAAACGUAUAUGGAUACCCAGUACGAGAGGGAGAGAGUGAUUGCUCCUACUAUUUGAAAACGGGGCAAUGCAAAUUUGGUAUAACCUGUAAAUUUCAUCAUCCUCAGCCUGCUGGUGCUACACCAGCAUCUGCACCUCAGUUUUAUCCGUCGGUGCAGUCACUUGUCCCUGACCAGUAUGGUGCCCCAUCCUCUAGCUUGAGAGUUGCCAGAACUCUUCUUCCCGGAUCUUAUAUGCAAGGCGCCUAUGGUCCUAUGCUUCUAACCCCAGGGGUCGUUCCUCUUCCAGCCUGGAGUCCUUACUCGGCGCCUGUUAGCCCUGCUCUAUCUCCUGGUGCACAGCACGCUGUUGGGGCAACUUCUUUAUACGGAGUUGCACAGCUCUCUUCCACCGCUCCUUCGCUUCCCGGGCUUUAUACAUCCCUCUCCUCUCCUACAGGCGUUAUUCAGAAAGAACAGACCUUUCCAGAGAGACCCGGUGAACCAGAGUGCCAGUUCUAUCUGAAGACAGGAGAUUGUAAGUUUGGAACAUCUUGUAAGUUUCAUCAUCCUCGAGAUCGGGUUCCACCAAGAGCUAAUUGCGUCCUCAGCCCCAUUGGUCUUCCUCUACGCCCGGGUGUGCAACGCUGCACUUUCUACGUACAAAACGGCUUCUGUAAGUUUGGAUCAACAUGUAAAUUUGAUCAUCCAAUGGGGACCAUCAGAUACAAUCCUUCUGCGUCCUCUCUGGCUGAUGCACCGGUGGCUCCAUACCCAGUGAGCUCUCUCCUGGGUGCUCUCGCAGCCGCGCCUUCUUCAUCAUCCACUGAGCUCGCUGCAAAAGAUCCCUACUUGUCCGCUCUGCCUGCUUCAAGAAGCACUUCUAACAUCUCCGCAGGUUUGAUAUUCUCCCAGAGCGGCGGCUCAAUCCCAUUCUCUGACCUGCAACUCUCCAGCCAGACCUCUCUUCCUCUAACCGCUACCAGAAUCACUCGACAAGGCCGAGAAAUCCGUCGAUCCUUUUGA